AUGGGGAAUUGUUCUUUCAAAGGUACAACUGGAGAAUGCCAUCACCCUAUCAGAAUUCUAACAGACACUGGUUCUAUUUUACAGUUCAAAGGUCCUAAAACAGUUGCUCAAAUCCUGGAAAGCUACCGAGGUUAUGGUGUCUUUCGCCAAGGCCAUGCGUCUUGGCCGUUACAAGAGAAAGAGAGUUUAAGCUAUGGUUUUCUCUAUUAUCUUCUUCCACUGAAGGAUAAUGGCCAAAAAGCUGGGAGUGAUGAAAGAGUAAAGAACUCGGUGCGCGUUUCAGCGUGUGAUUAUAUGGAGAAUAGUGGUCCUGCUGUUGAAGUGUUGCCAUAUUCAGUUAAGAAUGGUGUGUGGAAGGUGAAGUUGGUGAUUGAUACAAGACAUUUAGAAGAAAUUUUGUCAGAACAAGUGAAUACUGGAGCAUUGAUUGAGAAGAUGAGAAUGGCUGCAACUGCAUAUUCUACUAGUAGUCCUACAAGGAGCAGAACCAUGAGUGCUUGGAAAGUGGGAUGGAAACCAACUUUGUUUGGAAAGAUUACGAAAAAUGCUGUUGUUGCUGCUGCUGAAGGAUCAAUUUUAGAUUUGGAUUCUUGUUAA